AUGGCACUUCGCGUUGCAAGCGGUAAAAUCCUCUUUGGAACAGUUAUAGCAGCUAUUACGAAAGCAGGAGCUUCAAUUGUUAACAACGAGAAAGAUAAAGAAUCUUGUCCGAUUGUGUGGUAUGACACAUUACAUGAGCAAGAUCACGACAUGCAAGGUAUAAAACCAUGGCAACUUGUUAACAGAUUGCCUGGAAUCAAUUACAUUUGCAGAAAAGCUCCUCUUUUCCGUCUUUUGAACAGAAUGUCAUUAAAGCUUCCAGCUGUAUACAAUUUCUUCCCAAAGAGCUACAUUGUUCCCCAAGAAUACCAACAAUUCCUUGAAGAUCGUAAGUCUUCAAACAAGAAAUACAUUUACAAACCAAAUAAUGGUUCUCUUGGUAACGGUAUUGUAAUUAUCAAGCCUGAAACGAAGUUCAACUAUCAGAAGUCAUCAGCGGUUAUCCAGGAGUUUGUUGAAUCCGCAUUAAUUAAUAACACCAAAUUUGACUUAAGAAUCUACGCUUUAGUUGCAUCAAUCCAUCCAUUGCGCAUUUAUGUUUAUCGUGAUGGUAUUGCAAGAUUCUGUUCUGCACCAAAUAGCACUGAUUCACAAUUUGGUCAGAUAACAAACACUGCUGUCAACAGAAAGAAUCCAAAUCAUGUUUCGAUUGAACAGAUAACAAAGACUGUCUCCGAAACAUUUGCUGAACUUGAAAGAGUUACAAAUACUCAAGUUCUUUGGGGAAAAAUUGACAGAAUCAUUGUUUUAUCCGUAAUUUCUUCACUCAAAAUCCUCAGAUUAUCCGAAAUCAAGUAUUGUCCAGCCCAUCUUUUCCAGCAAUGCUUCCAACUUCUUGGAUUUGAUAUUUUAAUUGACAAGAACUACGAGCCAAAGAUCUUAGAAGUCAACUACCGUCCUUCUCUUGCUGCAAAUAUUGCCAAGGAGUCAUCACUCAAGAUUGACAUGCUUUCAACUCUAAUCAAGAUCAUGACUCCACCUCAAGAACACAUUGUCAAAUUAUCAACAAUGUCUGAAGAGCAGAUCAACAACAUGUUCAACAAGAAGGCUGCACAUCCAGAGAUAUUACAAGACAUUGUUAGGGAAGGAAGAAGUUUGAACAAAUACAUUUGUGUUUAUCCAACAAAUGACAAUGAAAGAAUGGUUGAAUACAAACUUGCAAUGAAUGUUGUAAGUAAAAUGAGUGGUUCCAUUGAUUCUAGAGGUAAUAUUCCAUUCAUGGAUGUUACUGAACAAGUAAAAGAAGAAAAUCAACCAGAACAAAUCAAAGAAAAUGUUACAGAAUCGAAAAAGUUGUCUGCAAGAGAGUCAAAAGGAAAUGUCUCAGCGAGAAAGAGUCUCAACAAUAUUUCUGUUCAGAAGAAAACGGAAUUUAGAGCACCUAUUGUAGGAGAAAGUUUAGCUCUCAAGAAAACUCCUUUGGUUUAUUCCCAUAGUAGAGAAAAAGAUUUAACUAUUCCUAAGCAUCAGAAGAUAACAGUGCCUUCAAGCCAUUAUACUUCUAGACGUCCUAUUCAUCGAGCAACUCAUUUACUUCCAAAGUGA